UUGCGACAGAAAAGUAAACAAACAGCUUGACGGCAGUAAAUAUGGCUUCUCACUUCAGCGGUGUCCUGCAGCUAACAGAUCUUGAUGAUUUUAUCACUCCUUCUCAGGAAUGUGUAAAACCAGUCAAAGUAGAGAAGAAACAUGGUAAAUCUGUGGCCAAAAUACAGAUAGAAGAUGAUGGCAGCUACGUACAAAUCAACCAGGAUGGAGGGAAACAGAAGCUGGAGAGAGCAAAGAUCACACUGAAUGACUGCUUGGCUUGCAGCGGCUGCAUCACUUCAGCUGAAAGCGUCCUCAUUACGCAGCAGAGUCACGAGGAGCUCUUAAAAGUGCUGCGUAACAACACGGUCAGUGAGAAAGAAAAGAAGGUUGUAGUUGUGUCAGUAUCGCCACAGUCCARAGCCUCCCUGGCAGCACAUUAUAACCUGAGCAGCAGCGAGGCAGGCAGGAGGCUCACCGCUUUCUUCAGAGGCCUGGGUGUUCAUCAUGUGUUUGACACCAGCUUCAGUCGGACCUUCAGUCUGCUGGAGAGUCAGAGAGAGUUURUUGAGCGUUACAGACAGAGGCAACAGAACAACAAAGCCCUGCCCAUGCUGACAUCUGCCUGUCCAGGUUGGAUCUGUUAUGCUGAGAAGACCCAUGGGGAUUUUAUUCUUCCGUACAUCAGCACCACUCGCUCCCCGCAGCAGAUCAUGGGUUCKUUGGUUAAGGGCCAUUUUGCAGAACAACAGGGCCUGAAUCCACAGCAGAUCUACCACGUGACAGUGAUGCCUUGCUUUGACAAAAAACUCGAAGCUUCGCGCUCCGACUUCUAUUUGAGCGAAGCUGCGACCCGGGAGGUGGAUUGUGUCAUCACGUCAGGAGAGGUUCAGAAGAUGCUGGAGGAGGAACAUGUGUCUCUUGCUGAUGUUGAGCCUGCGGCCUUGGACACACURUUCAGCAGCGUGUGUGGGGAUGAGUUGCAGAGCCAUGCUGGGAGUGGUUCGGGGGGUUACCUCCACCACGUGUUUACCUUUGCUGCCAAGCAGCUGUUUGGAGAAGAGGUGAAAGAGCUCACCUACAGRACGCUCAGAAACAAAGACUUCCAGGAGGUGAGACUUGAGAAAGACGGUGAGGUCCUCCUGUGUUUCGCCUUAGCGUACGGCUUUCGGAACAUCCAGAACCUCGUGCAGAAACUCAAGAGGGGAAAGUCGCCUUACCACUUUGUGGAAGUUAUGGCCUGUCCAUCAGGCUGUCUGAAUGGAGGUGGGCAGGUGAAGCCCUCAGCCGGUCAGAACCAGAAGGAGCUUCUCCUGAAAGUCGAGGAGCUCUACCAGGCAGAGGGCCGCCUGCUGCCAGAAGACGACGUCCGUGUGGCCGAGUUGUAUCAGAGCUGGUUGAACGGAUCGGGUCAGGAGCGAGCCAAAGAGCUGCUGCACACGCGGUACCAUGCUGUGGAGAAAAUGACAAACGGGCUCACCAUGAAGUGGUGAUCAGGGUCUCUGUUCAGCCCAGAGAUGCCCUAAAAUGUGGACAUUUGUCUCAAAGUGCGGACGUACGUAGAGUUCUUUCAGAUCAGCUUUUUCCCRUUUGCCUGAUCAAGUGGAAAACCAAAUCCGUGUGUCAGCACUGAAACACCGUGUUCAACUGCUUUUUGUCUUUAUAAUCAGUAAAUCAUUUUUGUCUGGCGAGUGUCUCUGAAAAUCACAACUGAUACAUGAAAUCUUUUAAGGAUUGUGUGUACAUAUAAACACAUUUAGAAGAAUAAACCUAUUUAAUUAUA